GAAGCUUCUCUAUGACAGACUCACUGGGCGCUGGCUCGCAAAGUUGUUUUUCCAAGGAAUUUAACAUCCAGUCAGAGCCAACAGGAAGAAGAUCUUUGAUCACACCUUAAAAAUCCGUCUCAGCGUCAGUCUCAGUGGGUUUGGUCCAUUUUUAGCAAAAUGUUGAAACGUUCAAAGGGUUCAGGACGCAAAGUCUGUUUCUCCCUCGUUCACCAGUACAUUCAACAUUUCAAUGAGAAAGCUGGCAACAAAUCAGCUGGAAUCCGGAGAAGAUCUAAAAUUCCUGGGGUGGUCAUCACACAAUAUACAGUGACCAUACCAGAGGGGAAAAGUUGCCCAGAUUUGAAACGUAAACUAAACCCAGUAAAUGUCCAAGAAGGGAAAUCAGCUGUUUUCAAGGCUUUGGUAAUUGGAGAACCCAAACCUGAAGUGACAUGGAAGAGAGUAAGAGGCAGCAUGUUAGACAAGGAAAAAUAUCAGACUAAAUACGAUGACGCAACGGGGGAGUACAUAUUGGAGGUUCGUGCAGUAAUGGGUGUAGAUGCAGACACAUACAAAUGCAUUGCAGUGAACGAAUGUGGAAAAGCUAUUUGCUCCACAGUAUUAAAUGUGACAGACCUUGUAACCGAUCCAUCAGAUUUCAGAAAAAUGCUGAGAAAAACGAAAACAAAUAUUUUAGAGGAAAACCAGAAAGAGAAACUCAAAGAAAAAAACGAGAGAUACCAGGACACUCUGGCGAGGGACUAUGAGGGACUAGGGACAAGAGACAUGCAUUUGAUCAACAUGAAAAUGGAGGAGAAGAGGCAGCGAGAAUGUCAGGUAUUAAAUCAGAAUGGAAUGAGUCCUGAUGAAGACUUAGUAACGAAAAAUGAACUUGUAAGUAGCGGAAGUGCAAAGGAUGCUGAAAACCUCACAAUUCCCAAUCUGGACUUUGUUGUCAAACUUCAAGAGGCAGUAACAGAAGAAAAAGACACUGCUCUGUUUGAAUGUGUCCUGACCCACCCACUCCCUAAGAUCACAUGGAUGAGCAACGGCAACGUGCUCGAAGAUAGUGAAAAAUAUAAAAUCAGUGUGUCAGACCACAAAAUGAUCCACAGGUUGCUGAUCCAAGACUGCUCAGACCAAGACAAAGGUCUCUACUCAGCUGUGGCUGGAACUGCCUCAUGCACAGCUUCAUUAGAUGUAGAAGCUGACCUCGAGGUAGCUGGUAAGAAGAAAACUGGAGGAGCAGGGACAGACCUCGAGGAAGUGGUCAACCAACAGCAAAUCAAAAACCAAGAAGAAAUGCAAAAGAUUUUGAACGCUGUCAAAGCAAAACAUGACGCAGGGGAACUGACAGAGCAGAGGACACUAUCCACUACUGGAAAAGAUGGAGAAAUAAUUUCCCUUAGUGGGCCUGUCAAAUACAGUGGAAGUGACCUGCAUGAUGCAAACAAUAAUAGCAACAUUCUCAACUCAAUGCUCAAUGCACUGUCACCAUCUACACAGCAGGUGGUAAGUGAUGGUUUUGGAACAGAAAAAUCGGAGGUGACCGAUGACAGUGAUGCAGGAAAUAAGCUGGAAGAAGCGACAGAGCUUGCACUCCAAGAUGAAAGCUUAUUUAAUGAAGACAGCGAGGCAAAAGAAAUGAUUGGCUUUGCCACACAACCGAGGCGUAAAAGAAUAGGCCCACUGAUAGAAGACACAGUCAUUGAUCCAGGGGUUCAGUUCAUCUGGGGAUUGUCUGACAUCAACGCCAUCAUUGGUGAGAAUGCAGAGCUAACAUGUAAGCUUAGCAAGGAAGACUGCGAGGGAAUCUGGUUCCGAGAUGGCGAAAAGAUCAUCACCGGUGACACAUUUAUAAUAUCUACAGAUGGUGCAAUUCAUAAAUUGCUCAUAAUGACAUGCCAGGAGGAGCACUCUGGGAAAUACCGUUUUGAGGUGGACAAUCGUAAAACAGAGGCGGUGGUCAACGUCAAAGAUCCUCCGAGGUUCGACCCAGAAGACCUCAGUACAUUCACUGAGCCCUUGAGAAUUAAAUUAGGGCACAAUGCAGUCUUUAAACUAAAUUUUCUUGGCUUCGAGCCCAUUAAGAUCCAGUGGUACAGAGAGGGAGAGGAGUUACAUGACGAUGCCAGCAGCACUAGGAUAGAUAAAGCAACCAAUCAGAGCCGCCUGUUGCUGAGCAGAUGCCAGAGAAGGGAUUCGGGUGAGAUCAAGAUCAAGCUAAAAAAUGAGCAUGGCACCACUGAGGCAAUAACACAGCUCAUUGUGCUUGACAAACCCACUACCCCACUGGGUCCUGCAGAGAUAACACUUAGUUCAGCUACAUGCAUUGAAUUUAAGUGGAGGCCUCCAAAGGAUGAUGGUGGCUCGCCCGUGCUGAAUUACAUCAUGGAGCGUCAACAGAUUGGGAGAAACACUUGGAAGAAAAUAGGGGAGAUUCCAGGCAUGCCCUUCUACCGCGACAAAGACGUGGACCGUGGACGCAAGUACUGCUACAGAAUUCGAGCUUUGACCUCAGAGGGAGUGAGCGAAGUAAUGGAGACUGAAGACCUGCAGGCUGGCAUACUGGCCUUCCCUAGUGCCCCUGCACCUCCAAAGGUGGUUAGUGCCUUUGAUGACUGCAUUAACCUUUCUUGGAGUGUGCCAAGUAAUACGGGAGGCUCACAAAUUCUUGGCUACAUUGUGGAGAAACGCAAAAAAGGAAGUAAUCUCUGGACUGGGGUCAAUGCUUCAAAUGAGCCAAUAAAAGAGAAGAAAUGUGCAGUGAAGGAUGUUGUGGCAGGUCUGGAAUAUGAAUUCAGAGUUUUGGCUGUUAACCUUUCGGGACCUGGGGAAUUUAGCAACCCAUGUGACUUUGUUUUCGCACGGGAUCCCAAAAAGCCCCCUGGUAAAGUUAUUGACCUAAAAGUGACAGAAACGUCUUACAACCACUUUGUCUUGACAUGGACCAAACCUAAGGACAAACCCGACGUACAGGAUGAAGCUAAAGGAUAUUUUGUUGCGAUAAGGAAUGCGCAGUGCCUAGAAUGGUCACGAAGCUUCACCAUCACCACCACCUACACUGUUAAAGGCCUGAGGGCAAUGGAUAUGUACUGGGUCAGAGUCAUUGCAACCAAUGAUGGAGGAGAGGGCGAAACUGAGGAGCUGCCCAACUAUGUCCUUGCAGUCCCGCCCCUUGUGAGACCAAAGUUUACGAACAAAAAGAUGAAAACAUUCAUGGUGGUGAGGGCAGGAAACACUGUCAGGGUGACCAUAACCUUUGAGGCUUCCCCACCACCGGACAUCAUGUGGCUCAAGGACAACGGGCCUGUGCCGAAGCGAGUCACCGUGAGUAACUCAGACGGCGCGUCACAGAUGUUGAUCCCUUCAUCGGAGCGGUCUGAUUCUGGCAUCUACUCUAUUUUGGCGAAAAAUAUGGCAGGACAGGAGACCUUCAGUACAGAAGUCAGGGUCACAGAUGAUCCUAAGCCUCCUGGACCAGUGGAAGUGGAGGAAAACGUGCCUGGCACAGUGCAAGUGACUUGGCAACCUUCUCCUGAUGAGAAACUUGAUGACCGGCUCCAUUACACAGUUUCUAAACUGGACUCAACCAAACACACAUGGACCAUAGUGUCCGACAGACUCUUCAAUAACAGGUUCACUGUCUGCAAUAUCAUGCCCGGGAGGGAAUACAAUUUCCGUGUCUACGCCAAGAACGACAUGGGUGUGUCGGCACCCUCUGAGUCACUCACCUGGGCGGUGGGGAGAAAGAAAGAAAAGCUUUCGUUGAUCUUACCGAACAGAGAAGAACGCGACCUGCGAUGUGCUCCGGACUUCAUCGUACCUUUGAAGCUUCACGCGGCACCGAAAGGCUAUGAAUGCUAUAUGAGCUGCGCUGUGACAGGAAACCCCAAACCUCGCAUCACGUGGUACCGAAAUCACGUCAACCUGAACACUAACACCAACUAUUACAUCUCAAACACCUGUGGAGUUUGCUCCAUGUUGAUCCUCAGCGUUGGCCCCAAAGAUGUGGGAAAGUACACAAUCACAGCAGAGAACGCCCUGGGCCGAUCCGAAUGUUCCACCAUGCUCAGUGUCAGAGAGUGAAGAAACUGACAGCAACCAGGAUUGUUUUUCUUGUUCCUUCUUAGUUUUUUCCCCCACCAGAUCUCUCAGAUGCUCUUGUUGAUGCGGUUGUGCUGCUUGGAUAUUAUCCAUCAGUUACAUGGCACGAUUUGUUGGCUUGUUACAAAAACUGAAAUAAAUGUUUUCCUUGUCAAGUUUUUGUGUAGUGAUUAAAUAUAUGAUUAUAUAUUA